GUUUGCGGUACAGUCGGUUCUUAAACCUUGCUUUAGACAGUUGUAAACAAUGGCCAGUCAUCAUACCCUCGUCUCUCUAGUCCUGUUUUCCGUGUGUUUUAGCCCCUUUCUCUGCCGAGAUAUCGACAGGGAAAUGACAGUGGAAGUGAAGGCUGGCACGGAAGAGUGUUUCUACGAGUUUGUUAAAGGGGGAGAGACCCUGGAGGUCGAAUAUCAGGUCAUAGAUGGUGGCCAAGGUGAGCUAGAUAUCAAUUUCUAUGUUGCAUCCCCGCAUGGUGCCAUUCUUCUCCAGGAUCUUAGGAAACCUGAAGCAACUCACAGAACUCUGAUGUCUGAGGAAGGUGAUUACAAGAUUUGCUGGGACAACACUUUCUCACAUUUCAAUUCUAAGACCGUAUUUUUCGGUGUUAUGAUUGAAAAUGAUGAUGAAGACGAUGAUCUUUGGGACGAUGGACUUGAAGCAAGUGUUACUGCAGAGGAGAUAUAUGAGAUGAAGAUUGAAGAUAUCAAAGAUGCCAUGGACAGAAUUCGGGGACAUCUUACAAAGUCUCGCAUCAUGCAAGAUCAGUUGAGGGCAUACGAGGCACGAGACCGAAAUAUUGCUGAAAACAACUACACCAAAGUCAACUCUUGGUCUAUGAUUAACAUUUCUGUUAUGAUUGUUACUGGUUUUAUUCAGGUUGUUUUGUUAAGGAGCCUUUUUGAUGAAAAAUCGCGCUUGCAUGGCAUGUGGAAAAAGGGUUCAUCAUCAACAUUAUCGUAGGAGUGAAAGCUAAUGAAUAAUUUUUCAUCAUUUAUACACUUUGUAAUACUUUUAGGCUCAUGUCAUUUGACUGUAUAUCAUUUACAUGUAUGUGUGUAGUAACUAUAGUAAGAAACUAAGUUUCAGUUAGUUUAUUAUUAUAUUACAUAUGUAUGUGUGUUCAUGUGGAUUAAAGAUAACGUUUCAGAAUAUAGCCUUUAGGAAACUGCUGGCUGACAUCACAUGUGAAUAAUAUCAAAACAUACUCACCAUGUUAGAACACUCAACUUUGUUACCUCAUGGCUUUUUCUUUCUUGAACUAAUAUAUUUUAUAUAUAAAUUACAUUAUUAAUUUAUUUGGUCAGUGAUAGGGAAGUUAUGUUCCAGGAAAAUCGAUAUUUUUAAGAAAUAAUAAUAGAAUUUAGGUGUUACUUUUUUUUUCUUUGUUAUCUUCUUUUUCAUGGCUUUUCAUCAAGAGCAAUGAUAGCAGAUCAGUAGUCAUUUUCCUUUCAGUCUGCUUCAAAUCCAUUGUUUGUUUUAUUUUUGAAUUAUGAAGUGAAGUAUUUGUUCUUCAUUUUCUGACAAAAGAAGAGUAGUAUUGGUUAUGACAAUCUGUAACUGCUUUAGUAUAAGUAGAGGUAAAUUUAUUUUGGUAUUCAGGAGGCAGGACUUGUAACUAGCAUGUGGAGAGGAGUAUGAAAAUGUGCCAAAAGCUUUUACUAAGAUUUUGGGAUUUCCCCUCCAUGUAGUGUUGAUAUUACUGUUUGUUUUCUGAUUGUUGGCCGUUGUAGCUUGGACAACAUGAGCUAUCUUUUUUCUGGUCCAUUUGAUGAACUAUAAAAGACUCCUUAGCUUACACAUAAGCAAUUCUUAAGGGUCAGUGGCUUGACUGAAAUACAGUAGCCAGAAGUCCUUGGUGUCAUAGUUGACUCAGGGUUGGAAAUUGAUGUCACCCUUGGUGUCAAUUUGCACUUUUUCCAGAUGAUAUGCACUGUUUGAAUUUGUUGAUUUGUGUUUUUGUGAAAUAAGAGGUUUUCUUUUAUAUUUUGUUCUCCAUUUUACUUCACAGUAGAAUCUUUCAGAAGGCCUAUCCUGGCACCAGACACUACAAUAAACUCUCUUCAAGCAAUAAAUAAGAAAGUUAGAGAUAAAAAGGUAAAAUAUUUGUGUAUAUUUACAUUUUUACAUUUAACUAAACUUAUAAUGUAAACAAUAUACAGUGCAGUAUAAGGAAUUUUUUUUAAAUAAGAUACUUGUGUACGGGGCAAUCACGAAGGAUGCACAAAUUGCAGUUGUCUGUAAUAUACACAGAUUUACAGACAACAUAAAGGAUUAUGUUAAUACUGGUAGUUACCCCAACAGUAUGCCUCACAAGAUGCACUUUUGGCCUUCAACUGCAUCGCUGUGUGCCUCUUGCGCUUUAUUCGUUGUUUUGGGUCUCUUCUUGCUGACUUGUGUCUCCUUUUUUACCUUUGUCAUGUUUCAUGGUCACCUAUCAUUUAAAAACAAUUCCUUCAGGGCUUUUAGAGCUCAAAAGUGACUUAUUGGUAUGGUUAAAAAACAGCACAAUAACUAUGCACAAAGUUAAUAGCAAGGCGAGAUGCCUAAGAUGAGUUACAUCAAAGGACUGAUGGAAGAAAUAAGUAGUGUCAAGUACCUCCUACAUCCCUCGCCUACAUACUGCUAGGUAGUAUGCAUGCCCUGUGAAAUAGCACCGAAACCUGAUUUUUCCCAUAAACUUCAAUUAAUGGAUGCAUCAUACUGUGACCCCUAUUUGCUCAAUGACUGACACUUUUGUUUAAUUACCACAAUUUGGAAAUGAGAGGAAUUUUAUUGUGAGAUUCUACUGUACUCAUAUUUUGUUUGUAGACAGUUAUGAAAAUUCAAAUUAGGAAUUGUAGCUUUUAAGUGUAGGUUUGUUAUAAAAUUUUAGCGUGUUUCUUUUUAUCCGUUGUACUAUUGAGUCAGUAGUCACAUGCAAAUAUUGAUGAAUUUGGAGGAAAUGCAAAAAAACAUUUAACCAUAAUCUUUCAAGACCAGAUUAUAUCGUUGUAAUCCCAAGGUUCGUGUAAUGCACUCAAGUCAUGAGCUACACAAAAUGUUAAGUGUUGUUACAGAAAGUUUGAAAAAGCUGAUGGCUUUACAAAAUUUGAUGUCAUUACAGAAACCUUAAAAAGGUCUAUAAGGAAUUUUUAUUAUGUAUUUGGGAAGCUGUAAGGUAUGUAAACUUGUGAAAAUAUAGCAAAGUUUUUAACAGAUUGAGAUCAUUUACAAAAGAAUUUUAAAAAUUCUUAAUUUAAGAAGUUACAGGCUGUGCAGGGGAAUGGCUCUCCAUGAAGCUGUUAAGCUACCAUCAGAUUAGUCUCUGUUGUGGUUUGAUUCAUGGCUUAAAUAUUGCUCUGUAGUACAGUAUCUUGCUUUAUCAAAUAUACUAGUGUUUUAUGUAGAUAAUGCAAAGCAAUAACAUGAACUUGUACCAUAAUCUUAAGUAUUUAUACAAUGGUUAACUUGACCAGUGAAACACUGGAGACUUCAAAAGUUGGUGGAUGUUUGCUGAUUGGUACCAUUUAUUGCCAAAUGUUUUUCAAUCAAGAUGUUUUCUGGCUGUUUUUGCUAAUGUUGGAAUAAUGUUCUAAUUUAUAAGUUUUGUUAACACUCAUUCUCUUGUGUGGUCACGCUUCAUCACUUUAUUUCCAGAACUGUACAAGUAAAUGGCUUGUCAUAUUGCUAUCUAUAAUUAUACUUUUUCAUUUUACAAAUGGUUAAAGAUGCAACAGUGACAGUAAGUCGUGUAAAAUAGACAUAAUUCAAAAUUUAUUUGUUACCAGUAAGUCAAAUGUCUAAACUCCCUUGGAGCUGUCCCAGUGUAUUUUUUUUACAUGAGCCAGAAAUCAGAGCAGGAAAAAGGUUGAAGUUGAGUAACCCCCACUUUAAAUCUAUGGAAAUAAUUAAAAGAUAGAAAGCAAUACCAGUGAGAUACAACAAUGUCUCAAGCAUUGCCUAAAGUGCAUCUUGGUAGUAUGCAUAAUGUGCAUUAUCCAAGGUAUGGCAGCAUUGGAGAUAUCCUAGCCAAAUUUGGGCAGAAGGAGCACGAGAAAAAAAUUAUUGACUCGACACACAACAACCUUUUUGAUGUGGACCCUAUAGGAAGAAUUAUGGUAAAUCAACUAUAUUCUGAAGCCUUAUUGGCUUUAAAAUCAAAGUUUCCAUAUGCCAUACAGAAACAAGGAGUGGAUCAUUGAAGGUCUCACUGGUUAUAGGGAUGGCCUCUUGUAGAUAUUAAUUAAACAAUAAUAUUAAGCCUCAUGCUCUUAUUACUGCUAGAUUGGGGAAAAGACAUAAGUGUUGCAGUUUUACCAAGGAUUUGAAAAUGUCUUCCAGGUGAACUUGAAGAAUUUUUUUGAAGAAAUACUCAUUGGUCUGCUUGUUACCGCAAUGUUACUGAUUGAACUGUGGAAGAAUGCCCAUUACCAUAAACACCUAUCCCAUAUGGAAAUUUUUUUUUUUUUUUAUAUGCCUGCAGUCCAGAUGCCAUCAGAUAGGCCAUGCCUUCAAGAUCCUUCAGUCUGCUAAAGAAUGUAGGGAUCACAGGCUAGCAAAACGGCUUGAUGGUCCUCUUGUCUGUUAUAAUUUCCCACGGGAGCCAUCAGUGCUGAUAGUCUUGCUUGAGUUUAGGAUUGGUUUAAGCCAAAUGAAGCAACUAAUGGUUUAACCCUGUCCCUGAAGUUUCUGCCUUCAGAUAGAAAGGAAGUAAGGAGUAUGCUUUUAAAAUAGGACUUAUAAAAAAGUUAGUGUUGGUACAGAAAAUCUGCUCCUGAAAAAAAAAAAUAAAGAUGAGCAGCUGCUUCUCUAGAAACCCUUUUAUUUAUUUUAGUUGUGACAAUGAAACAUAAAAUCCCCCUGAGAUUGUGAAUACCUACUGUUAAAUUAUCUUUAUCAUUAUUAUUAUGUUGAGACACCGUGAAUUUUUUUAAAGCCUGCUGAAUUAUUUAUCGCUAUAAGCUCAUUCUUUAAGCUUUCCGAUGUACUUCAGGAAACAAUACCGUAAAAGUAAGUGGGUGAACAUAAGGUGACAAAUUACAUAUAUAAUAGAAUAAAAAAAAAAAGAUAUUCCUUGCAUAUAUGUAUGUACAGUAGUGCACAUUUUUCUGUUUCUCACUGUAUGACCUUGCUUUAUACUUUAUAUACUUGUGUUCACUACUGUAGGGUAAUUGCCAAAACACUUGUCAAAACAUUUCCAAACAUUAAUCCUCUUAGUAAACUAGGUGAACACUUGACUGAAAUUUACUUGAGCAAUUUUAUUCAGAAUAUUUUUUCCUAUUUCAUAGUAAAAUGAAACAUUUCUGGAGGAUAGGAAUGCAAGUAUUAUUACUAUAUUUAGACGUCAAAGAUCUGAUAGAUAAUGCAAAAUGUCAUUCUCUUGGCCCGUUGGCAAAAAUAUAUUGGCAUUACCGUUAUCUUGGUGUUGGCGUCCCACCUCGGUGGUCACGGGUUCAAUUCUCGGCCAUUCCAUUGAGGAGUGAGAGAUGUGUAUUUAUGGUGAUAGAAGUUCACUCUCGACGUGGUUCGGAAGUCACGUAAAGCUGUUGGUCCCGUUGCUGAAUAACCACUGGUUCCAUUUAAUGUAAAAGCACCGUACAAACAAUUUAUCUUGGUAAACUUGUCUUUUUGACUCAAUUACGUUUAUGCCUGCUUUAUUUUUGUAGUCUAAUAACAAAAAAACUUUCAUGAAUUAUGAGGUAGUAUACAUUUUAUCACAUAAUCUGACAUGAAACGUUGAAAAUCUGUGUAUAGUAUAUUAAUACAGCAAGACCGCCAAAAUUUCUCCGUACAUUCAGUGUGAUAACCAAACAAAACUAACAACAAUCAUGGCUCUUACUCUACCAGCAUGGCCUUGACUGUUGUAUUUUGGAACUAAGGGAUCAGGACCAGUUGUUUCUGUGUGUGUGUGUGUAUGCAGAAAGGAAGUUGGAAGUCUCUCAGCCUCCUUAGGAAUAACUGUAGACAGGUUCUGGAAAUAUACAACUCCGAAAUGAGAGCUUCAAGUCUUUUAGGAAUCUAAAAAUUUGCAUGGUGAGGCUGAUUACUGGUUAGCAAUAAAAUAUCGUGUUAAUAAUUGUAUGACUUAAAUUCAGCCAACAGUGAUACGUAGUAAACGGUUUUGUUCAAGUAAAGUUUUUGUUGAAUUUCUGUCAGUUACAUAAGAUACACAUAUCCCCUUGUUUAAGAAGACAUUCUUUGAGGCAGCUCCAUGGGAGUCUUAAGGAAUAGCUAAUAUUUUCAUGCAAGGUGCUCACCAUUUCAGGAGAGUGCAAAGUAGCAUAUGACGGACUUCACGGAAGUAUUUGGAAAUAACAUAUUAUCUGCCUCAUAAAUAGAGAUAUACAUUGCUGAUUAUUUAUGAAUUAUUGUAAGUUGCUACUCAAUUAUGGAUUUAUGUUUGUGCAUAAGACAUGCUUAUGUGCAGUCUCACAGCUUUUCAAAAAUGGACUUGACUACAGCUAUGUCUGCAGUUCUUGUGAACAUACUAUAGAUGCUCAAUUACCUUGUGCCUGCACGAAUUCAUUUCCAGAGUAAUCAGUUAAGAGUGUUCAACAUUUAUUAGACUUAUAUUCAUGUUACUUAUGAAUUUCGUGCCGUAAACUUUACAGCUAUAUCUUAUUGGUUUGAUGAAAUAAUGUGUGUGUUUUGUUUUCACAACAGGGUAUUUCAGUUUUAUUUGUCAACUAUAUAGCAUCUUGUUGCUGCAUAAUAUUUGACUUCCAGAUGUUAGUGUCAUUCAUUGGUGUAAGAUUCAAAGACCUUUUGGAGUACUACUGUAAUAAAAUGAACUGAAGUCUUUUGAAGUAAAAGUUCGUGAAUUGUA